AUGGAUCUGCCACAUCAUGGGUACCGAGCACGUAAGUUGCAAAUGUGAAUCCCAGAGUUAGCAUCAGUUAUUAGAUCUGUAAAAUAUCAGACAAAUUUACAGGACAGUGUCAACUUCCUACUUCAAGACAACCCAACCAGGUGGUCUCAAUCCACACACUAGAAAGGUUGUACUUUUAGAUGUACAUCGAAAUUAAACUAAUGCAACCUCCCCAGACUGAAACAUAAACAUGCAUAUGAGUUUACAUGUCUACUCAAUGGUUUAAGAAAGGUAGAUAAAAGCAAUGUAAUUCUGUCUCCAGAAAAUACAAGGUUGGAUCAGCACCUUUCUUCUUUAGAAACGUGUUUUAUCCAAAAAAGGAAAUUAUUAUCACUAUGAAUGGGGUGGGAAUCGCAGGGCAACUCUUGAUAGAGUGCCCAUUACAUUGCCCAUGGUAACAAUAACAUAACAUGCAGAUGUUAAGCAGUAAUUUUUAAAUUGCUAGACUACAGUAAAUUUAAGAAUACAGGAUUCUCCCUAAUGAUAAUUUGCAGGAUUAAUGUCUAUAAUACCACUACAGAGAGUCAUGAAGUCAGUCUUAAUAGAAUACAAAUCUGUUUAGAGGGCUAUAUUACUUUUGAAUUUGUAAUAUUGAUUUCAUGCACCAGUGAUACAAUUGGCUAGGAACAAAAACAUUUUUUGUAAAAAUCAGUUGUAAAUGAAAUAUCUUCAUCCUUUUUUUUCACAGCUAAACAGAGAGGCCGUGCAGCUCCCCCUACAGCAGAUUCUGUCUUGUUUGAAGACACCAGCGCAGCAGCACCAGCACCAGCAAUGAACAGUCAAGGAUACUACACUCCGGGAUACAACAUGGGAGGGCCUUCAAAUGACAUGCAGGGAGGUGGCGGUGUGGACAAUCUGUUUGCUGACCCAAUGGCAAAUGCUGCAAUGAUGUAUGGCUCUUCAUUAGCCAACCAAGGAAAGGAUAUGGUUAACAAAGAGGUGAGAAAAAAAGAACUUCAGAGUUCUGUGUGACGUGAGACAUAUUCAGUGUAAUGGAGGGGCAGUUGUUGACCCAGUAUCCUAUAAAUAAGGUCACAGUAUGUCAUUCUAAUAAGGAAUUCUGUCAUGUUUUUCUACAAGCAGAUAGAUGUAGACCCUACCAUACUCACUAUUAUCAGACAUUGGGUCCAGACAGGUGUAAAAAAUUAUGUCAGACAUCACAAGUUAUUUCACAGUUGUGGGGGGAAAAAAAAGUUUCCUCCAUGUCAAGAUUAGAGUAUUUUCCAACAUUGAGAAUCUCAAAAUGUUUAUUUGUUAUUUCUUUAGCAAGCUUCUUUUUUAGGGAACUCCAAAUUUUCACCUCAGCCAGUUUUUAGUCACAUCUGAAGACUUUUAACAAUUCAAGCUUUGACAGUUUUUGGGUUACAUUUUAGUGGACAGGUUUUUAGGCUGGUGGGUUGAUCUCUUAUGUGCCCUUUUAACUGAUGCAAUAGCCAGUAAAUGAUAUUUUCCAAGGAAUUAAAGGAGAAUUGUUUGCACAAAAAUGCCUUAGUUGGCACAUACCUAAAACUGGUGUUGCUCUACUGGAUUGUCAACUUUAAUACAAAGGUAGUUCAAAGUACUCGAUGCUCAGCCAAAGUGAUUCACAAACCUGACCAGCCUUCUUUAAAAAUGUGUGUGACUCAACAUUAUUUAUUAACCGUUGCAGACUGUCACACCUCACUGUCUGCUUAGUUAAUGCUUUGUCUUCCUUUGCCUUUCAGAUCAGCAGAUUCAUGUCUGUGAACAAGCUGAAAUACUUCUUUGCUGUCGACACCAAAUAUGUAAUGAAGAAACUAAUGCUGCUCAUGUUCCCAUACACACAUCAGGUAAUCAGAGUCAAUCAUCCUGUUUAACUUUGUUCUCCACAAAUGUACGAGACAAAACAAAACUUUCAAAAGUUAAAGACUGCAUGAUAACUUUUCUGAAUACCGCAUUUUCAAUCACUUAUCACACCAGAACCACGCAAAUAAGAUAGUAAGCCAAUUAAUCACUACUUGAGAUAAUUUAUGAACAUAGUAACACUGGGACUGCUACUGUGCAUGUAAAAGGACGCUGAUCUGAGUUUGUCUCCACACGCUCUUACUGAGAUAAGAAAUUGAAAAACAAUCCAAACAUUCUGUGUCCUGAUAAAAUUUGAACUUCACUGAGUACAAAUUAUAGUUUUAUCCGGGAUACUACGUGCAGCACUAUAACAAAGCAUUCAGUAUCUGUAAUGUUUAGUCAGUGUUUAGUGCCAACAUGGAAUAGAUUCAACCAGCUAGUCCUGCCUGUGCACAAAAGAUCAAACAGUGCUCUCAGCUCUUCUUGAAGGGUCUUAUUUUCCAAGUUAAGACAUAAUUCUUUUAACUAUGAUGAAAAAUAACAUGAAUAAAUUGUGGAAGUUCUGUAAAUAAUUUCAAUAAGAUCUGUUUCUUUACCUGACAAGUCAGAGUUCAUGCUCAGAUAUAACUGUCUUACUAGUCUAGGUCACCACAAUUGGACAAAAAAAAUUUGUUCCAGCUAUAUACUAAAAUUUGAUUACAAGCAAAACAAAAUACAGAACAGUUUCUUGCAUUUGACAAAACAAUACAUUUUGUUUGCCAUGCUUUGUGAACUUCGGCGGUCCCAGCCAGGAUUUUCAUUUAAUUUCAUCUUUCCAAAUAAGGAACAAAUUUUUCCCUAAGUUUUCAACUCCACAAAUGCCAAUGAAACACAUUUUUAUGCAAAAGACCUCUUGUCAUAAUCUUGAUACAAGUGUCAGUGAAACACAGUUUGACUUAACAGUUUGACUAACAUGUUUCCUCUUCAUCAUGAACACAGGCAUUGUAGCCUAUCCUCUGUAGAUAACAAGACGUAAAGCUGAAAUAAGUCAGCUCCUAUGUCAUGUUCUAGAAGGUGCCAUCUAGUCAACAUUUUGAACAGAUGUCAAAACUGAAGACCUUUUGUCCAAACAUUUGGUUUAUUUAAAUUCAGAGAAGCAAUAUUAAACAAUGUUCAGGAUAAAAGUAGCGUGACUUGCUUGUGGCACUGUGAAACUGAUGAUUCAUACUACAUCUGUCUCUGUUUGGUAGGAUUGGGAAGUUCGUUACCACCGGGAUACUCCACUGCCUCCUAGACAGGAUGUGAAUGCACCUGACCUUUACAUACCAAGUAAAGUGUCUUUUGAUAUACCACUUUUAAUGACAAUGCAAUACAUGACCAUGCCUUUAUACUCUAAGUUUAAAUUCAUGUCUUUUAGCAAUGGCUUUCAUCACCUACAUUUUACUUGCUGGAAUGGCCCUUGGGAUUCAAAAAAGGUGAGUAAUUCUUCCUCAUAUUGUUAGUAUUAUGACUCAUUGCUCACUUGUUUGAAAAAAAUUCACUGUUAUAAAAGGAUUUUGUCUCCCCUGAAGGUUCAGUCCGGAAGUCCUCGGUCUGUGUGCCAGCACUGCCCUCGUGUGGAUGAUCAUUGAAGUGUUGGUGAUGUUGUUGAGUUUGUACCUGAUGACGGUACACAGCGAUCUCUCAACCUUUGAUCUCAUUGCCUACAGUGGAUACAAAUAUGUUGGGUAAAUGUCAUGUUAUACAUCAGAUGAUGCUUCUAUAAGAGAAAAUCAAAGUGAUGGUUAAUUUUAGGCUUAAACUUUUAUUUUGUGGAUGAUUAUUAAACUCAGAACCACUGUGUCAUUUAUCUACAUUAAAUGGUUCUGAUGCAACUCAGCAGCGAAAAGGGCCAUUUGUAUGUGAGGCAAAGUAACUAUUAUUGCAUAAUAGAUUCAUAUUUGGGUAGUUUGAGAGGUUGUAAUUUCAUUUUUGUUGUAUCUUUUUACUCAAAAAGCUUAAAUUCUGUGUCUCUUUUAGGAUGAUCUUCACAAUGCUGUGUGGUUUAAUCUUUGGCAGUGAUGGUUACUAUGUGGCCCUUGCCUGGUCCUCUUGUGCCCUUAUGUUCUUCAUUGUAAGUAUAAUUGGUCUUUCUUGAACCACCCACCCACAGUCUGCGUUAAAUAUGUGAAAUGCCAAAAUUAGAUCACUGACACUGAUGUGUUUCAAUCUGGUUAGUUGGAUAGUAGAAAAACCAUAGGCUGUGUAUAGAUUGGACGCCACUUGCUUCCAGCACCCUGCAGAAUAGGUCUUAAAUCCCACCUCCUCAAGCAAUCCCUAUGGAGUUGUUGACAAACGUUCAAAAUUAAUUACACAGAACAUACAUUUUUCUCCCCCUUGGUUGUGAUGUUAGGACAAUCCACGUUGUCCUUAGUAUAUACUGUCUGUGAGAAAAACUUUUGACCUGUCAUUUUUCUAGUUGGUCAAAACCCAAGUUAAGAGACAGUUGCUGUCCAAACAACCUAGGCAACAGGUUGUCUUCUGAAUCAAGUAUUCCACAUACCAGCUAGCAUGACAAUAAUCCCUAUAAAUUUUUUUCAAGUUAUGUUUUUUGGACAUAUUUUGCCUUUGUUGGAUAGGACGGCUGAAAAGAGACAGUAAACACGGAGAGUAGAGAGUGGGGGAAGACAUGCACCAGAGGGUGAAGGCUGAGAAUCAAACCCUGACUGCUGCAACAAGGACAAUUGGCUCCAUAUGUAGAGCACUUAGACUACUAGGACAUCAGUGCCCCGCACCUUUUUAACAACUGGAUACAACAAUUCAUUCAUGGGUCCGGGAUAUAUUUUUAGAUGAGAUGAUACUGAUUGGCUGUAUGAUUUGAGUUUUUUAUAUUCUACAAGUAGGUCUCAAAACACAUAAUGUAAACUUUUAAAAUUUUUAUACUAUUUCAGAUUUUCUUUCCCCAGAUUUUUAAAUACACAAGACUGGAAGAAAAAAACUUUACAGCAGGACAAAUACUCGUUGCUGGAUUGAAAAGAGUUAAAACAAUAAAUAAAUGCCAUGUUUAUGCUUGCAUAUUGAACAAGGGUGGUAAGCAGUCUCACCUCUUGAACUACAUAUAUUUCAAAACACAGGAUGAAAUUAUUUUGGUAAAGCGACUAAUAUGUGAGGAUUUACCAGUUCUUGCCAGGAACAGCCCACUGCCAGUGUCCACCCUGAAAUAUUUUAUCUCAAUCUUUGGAAAAAAAAAAUGAAAAAGGGAACUUCCCACCAGGCUAAAAGUUUGCCUUUACGAGUAAGCUUCUUGACGUUGUGUGAUUCUCUUUGCAGGUGAGAUCCCUGAAAAUGAAGAUCCUUCCUUCUCUCUCUUCAGACACCAUGGGAACUGGAUCAAGUGCCAAACCUCAGUUCCGCCUUUAUAUCACUGUAGCCACUGCAGUCUUUCAGCCCAUCAUCAUAUAUUGGUUAACCUCCCACUUAAUCAGGUGA